CCUUUCACGUUUCAGAAGCUGAGCAACUUGAGGAGCUGGGGACCUGCUCUGGUGUCAGACUGCAGAUAGGUUCCAGAGAUAGGUAUGCGCUUGAUUUCUGGCCCAGUAUGCCCUCCUGAACCCCAAACUUGUUGCAGCUUCUGCAUCACUGGGAAUAGGAGCAUUUUACGUGGCGGCGGUUUUGGAGCAAGCCAGAUAUAUUAUUGAGAAGGUUCUCCUUGAAUGCUGCAAGCAUCCCUUGGGAGCCUGGAAAGGUUCGUUUACACAUUGAAAAGUAUUUUAGAUUGAGGGUUGUAUUGGCAGCUUGCAUUGACGCAGCCAGUCCUUCAUGACAAAUUCGCAAUGAACUCUGGGAGCUCGUUCAGCAGCUCUAAAGUCCUGCAGGUAUGGCUUCAGCGCAUACAGCCGCUUGUCAAGCAGCAGAUGAGCACUCUUGGCACAUGGCAUCAACUUAUGGACCAUGUUUACAGCACAGGGCCUCUUAGAAUGGGCCUCUCCCCCCGCUUCUUCAAACUUGGAUGGGGGGGCCAGUCCUUGGAGAUUCUGCGGGAGUUCAUUGAGAAGAACCUGGACAUGCUGCAGAGCAAGGAGAACACUUUGCCGUGGCCUCCGGCUAUCGUUCAGCCCCGGUGGCGGACCAUCUGGGAGACGCGCCGCGCGGUGUUGCAGGAGGGGGUUUUCCCCACACCAGUGGACGACGAGCUGAAGGAGCUGCUACCCCCCGAAUCGCACAUGGCUAGAGUGCGCCUGCUCAUGCCCCGGUCCUCGCUGCGCCAAGAGAUGGCAUGUGUGCUGCACCUGGCGGGCACAGGAGACCAUGGCUUUGACAUGCGGUUGAAGCUCGGGGGGCCGUUGCUAGAGCAAGGCGUGGCAACCAUGGUGUUGGAAAGCCCCUUCUACGGGAAGCGGCGGCCGGUCGAUCAGAAGGGCUCACGGCUGCGGUACGUAAGCGACCUGCUGGCGCUUGGGCGGACAACAAUUGAAGAGAGCCGCUCGCUGCUACACUGGGCCCGGGAAGACAUGGGCUUUGGAAAACUCGGCAUCUGCGGUCUUAGCAUGGGCGGCGUGCACGCGUCCAUGGUCGGCUCCCUCCACCCCUACCCCAUCGCAGUCACCCCGCUGUUGGCCCCCCACUCCGCUGCCGUCGCGUUUUGUGAGGGCGUCCUGAGCUUAACCACCGACUGGGACGUUCUAGCGAGAGACACGACCCUCUCCAAAGCCUUCACGAGCCGCGUGAAUGUCCAACCCACCGCCAAUUUUGCUUCCGCGUCCCCUCCUUUGAGUUCUGAAGUUCGCGCGGCCACUGAUAACCACACAGCAGACCCGAUCGCUCAGGGUCCAACACCUAGCAAUUUUGCCAGUAGCGUAAGCGCCAAAUCUUUGAAUGGCAGCAUAGAACUUCCAGCCAAGUACAGCGGAGUUGAGGCCCUGAAUCAAACGAGCGAGCGCGUUUCGUCAAACCAAGGUUCUGGAAGCCGAGACUCCGAUUCCGGAUCUCCAGAACCGAGUUCUGGAAUUCUCAACCUUGAAGACGAGUUGGCGAGUGAGGAGGCAGCUUCCGUGGCAGUGGCUGCGGUUGCGGCCGGGUACAGUUUAGAGGAGACACGGGCGCGCUUGCAAGAGGUGCUCUCCCUGACUGACGUCACGAGGUUUCCGUGUCCGGAGAAGGCUGAGGCGGUCAUUCUGGUAGCGGCCACGAACGACGCUUACAUUCCACAGCACUCAGUGGAGCGUCUUCAAAAAGCAUGGCCAGGUAUGGAGGUCCGAUGGGUCGUGGGUGGCCACGUGUCAUCUUAUUUGCUGCACAGCAAAGCUUUCCGACAAGCGAUUGUUGAUUCUUUGAGUAGAAUCUAAAAGACCAAGGACCAGCUUGCUCAACAGGAUAACGCAUAUCAACGGUAGUUCCUCACAAUGGAGCAAUGGAGCAAAGCUAGCGGAGGACAUCAUGAGACGAGCCUCGUUUUGAAUGGGGAUUCUUGACAUGCGUGCGGGUGACCCUAGCAUGUGUCUUUUCUGGC